GGCGUCACCGAGUUUCCAGCCGUCUUGUGACGGGAACAUCAUGGCGUAGCGGCGAUGUGGACCCACGGCUGCACGGGUGGACACGGAGAAGUUUACGAACGACCCACUCGACACUUUGGAGAUUUAGUGAAGCUUUUUAUCUAACGUGAAUAGUGAAUUACUUGUCUCAGUGUGAAGUCUGAAGAUGAUGGCGGAUGCCAGCGACAUGUUGGCAGCUGCUCUUGAGCAGAUGGAUGGCAUUAUAGCAGGAUCCAAGGCUCUCGACUACUCCAAUGGGUUGUUUGAUUGUCAGUCGCCGAGCUCUCCUUUCAUGGGCAAUUUACGGGCUCUUCACCUUUUGGAAGACCUUAGAGGCAUCCUGGAGCUGCUGGACAAUGAUGGACGGAACAGUCUUCGCUGCCAAAUCCCUGACUCAACAGCUGAAAGUCUGGUCGAGUGGCUUCAGGGUCGCAUGUCCAAUGGGCACCUCUCUGUUGGAGGGGGUGACCACUAUCAAGAGAGGCUUACCCGACUUGAGAGUGAUAAGGAGUCCCUGGUGCUUCAGGUCAGUGUGCUAACCGACCAGGUGGAUGCUCAGGGGGAAAAGAUUCGGGACCUCGACUUGUGCUUGGAUGAGCACAGGGAGAAGCUCAACACAACAGAAGAAAUGCUACAACAGGAACUUUUGUGCCGAACAGCCCUCGAAAACCAAAAGAUGGAGCUUGUAUCUGAGUUGUCCAAUCUGAAGUUAAAACUAAAUUCCUUUCAGAAAGAGAGACUGGACUUUGAUGAACGAUUUCGGGACAGUGAGGAUUUAAUUCUGGAGUUGAAUGAGUUGCGAUACAGAAUGACUGAGCUGGAGAGUGAAAAGCAACAAUAUGAAAAGAAUCUUAAAACAACAAAGUCUUUAAUGGCCAAGCUUUCUAGCCAGAAAAUCAAAAUGGGCCAGAUGCAGUAUGAGAAACAGAGGAAGGAGAACAAAGUACAGGCUCUGAAGGAGGAGCUCGUCAAACUGAGAAGGCAACUAGAGGGCAAAGACAAAGAGGGCAAACUACAGGACGAGACGGGCUUCAAAGUCAUGGCCUCAAGCAGUAUUGAUCCUACUGAGAGAGAUGAAACUCUUAGAAAGAGGCUGAAGGAAAAACAUGUGGAAGUGCAGCGAAUGAAGAAAGCGGUUGAAUCGUUGACAGUGGCAAAUGAACAGAAGGACCAUAAGAUUGAGGAACUCAAGCAGUCACUGAUGAGGUACAAGAAAGUUCAAGACAUGGUGAUGUCAGUGCAAGGAAAAAAAGAGAUUUCUAAUGAGAAUGUGGGGUGUCAUGCUGAUGGCUCCACUUCAUGCUUGUCAUCAAACUAUGUUUCUACAGACCCAAAUGAGCUUACAGAUGGUGAAGAGCAAAGGAAAAACCCAAAUGAGCUGGAGAUCCUCAACGGGCUCUGUGAGGAUGGUUCACCCUCGUCCAGCUCUUCUUAUCGUGAGCAAGCCACAGACCCUUCAGCUACAGAUGUGGAUAGUGGUCAAGAUACAAGCAAGUCUGUCGGCCAUGAACUUGUGGAACGAAGCAAUACGGAUAAGAACACACGUGUGGACAUCACACAAACGGUUGACAAGCCACCAGCAAGUUCCCCCGCAGUCUCGCUUAUAACCACAGAUGACGACAGCUUUGGCUCCAAAAAGGCCCGCUCAUCUUUCGGAAAGGGCUUCUUCAAGCUACGUGGAGGCAGGAAGACUGGAAAUUCCCAGAAUCUUGACCGCAGCCGCAGUGCGAGCGCACCUAUGCUAGCUGAGACUGAGCGGCAAGGCACUGAUCACCUAGAUCUGGCCGGGCUGCCUCAGAGGUCGGCCAACAGCGACAGCACUCACACUCUUCCCACCACCCCAGAUGACAAGAAGAAGUCAAAAGGAAUUAAGAAACUAUUUGGCAAACUUAAGAGAAGCCAGUCCACAACAUUUAACCUAGAUGACAACCCGCCAGUUGGGGAUUUUAAAAGAGGGGGAGUGCGAGCCACAGCUGGACCAAGACUAGGUUGGUCUCGUGACUUCCAGCGAGUCAACAAUGACGUGGAUGCCCCCUUCGCACGCUGGUCGAAGGACCAGGUAUGUGACUGGCUGCAAGAGCAAGGUCUUGGCCUGUACGUCAACAUGGCACGUGUGUGGAUCUCCUCAGGACAGACCUUGCUUCAGGCCUCCCAACAGGACCUGGAAAGGGAGCUGGGCAUCAAAAACCAGCUGCACCGGAAGAAGCUGCAGCUGGCUCUGCAGGCUCUUGGCUCAGAGGAAGAAGAUAACAAGGGAAAGCUAGACUACAACUGGGUGACAAGGUGGCUGGAUGACAUCGGGCUGCCACAGUACAAAACCCAGUUUGAUGAGGGAAGAGUAGAUGGUCGCAUGCUGCACUACAUGACAGUGGAUGACUUGCUUUCUAUGAAGGUGGGGAGCGUCCUGCACCACCUCAGUAUCAAAAGAGCCAUCCAAGUACUGCGCCUCAACAACUACGAGCCAAACUGUUUGCGGCGCAGACCAUCUGAUGAGAACAAUAUUACACCUGCAGAGAUUUCUCAAUGGACCAACCACAGGGUCAUGGAGUGGCUGCGCUCCGCCGAUCUGGCCGAAUACGCUCCCAAUCUGAGAGGAAGUGGCGUGCACGGAGGCUUGAUGGUGCUAGAGCCUAGAUUUAAUGUGGAGACCAUGGCCCUAUUGUUGAACAUACCCCCCAACAAGACGCUACUGCGUCGACACUUGGCAACACAUUUCAACCUGCUUGUUGGUUCAGAAGCACAGCAACUCAAACAAGAAUGUCUAGAAAACCCGGAUUACACUCUACUGACGGCCACCACCAAGGUCAAGCCGAGGAAACUGUCGUUCGGUAACUUCAGCAGUCUCAGGAAGAAAAGGCAGGAGGAGAACGAGGAAUACGUUUGUCCAAUGGACGUGGAGAUGCCAAAAGGACGAAGUUUUCAAAAAGGCUUUGAGCUCCAGAUUUAUGAGGAUGACCUCGAUAGACUGGACCAUAUGGAUGACUCCGAGGGAACUGUCAGACAAAUUGGCGCUUUCUCUGAAGGAAUCCAGAACCUGACGAGCAUGCUGAAAGAAGACGAAUUUUUCAAGGAGAUGUCCCACUCCCCCAACCCCAGCGUGACAGAUGACGAUUCCACUGCCUGAAAUGCCGCGUGACCUGCUCCCUUUCUAAAAUACUACAAAAAACUCGCACACACUUUUCGCGUAAUAGUAGUUUUUUUAGCGUUCCAUUCAAUGUUGAGCCAUAACUUCCUUCAUCAAGCUUGUAUUAGUCAAUUAGUUGUGGCUCCUUUACUGCAAAAAGAUUGAGGAAACAUUUAGGACAAUGCCACUGCUUGCCAGCUGGUUUUCUGGAAAUAUUUUGUACUAAGUUAUGUGCUGGCAUUUUUUGUUUUUUGUCAUCAAAGUGGAGAAGAGACUAUGCCUAUAUAGAUACUGUAUGUCUUUUAAAUGGCCUCCUAAGAGUAGAGUAGGUGACAAAAUGAACUUAAGGGGAGAAAAGUUCUAUUUCUAAAUGACAGCUGCUAUCUUUUCUACAAAAGUAUGUUUCUAGUUCAAAUUAAGUUGUCAUAUAUUUUAUAUUACACUGAACAUUUCAACAACAGUAAUAUCCUGCAUGCAUUUGCACCAAUACAUUAAGGUAUAACUGAUGCGUAUUGAGCUGAUACAUUGAUUUUAUGCAUUGCCAUAUUUUUCUCUUGUUUUUACAUCCAAUUUUUUUUAACUAGAAGUCUUGUCACAUUGCCUUUUUCUGCUAAGAGUAUUUAGUAGAAACCAUAAAACGCUUCCACUGACCUGACAGAAAAGAUGGAUAUCAUUAGUGCUAUUUUAAAUAUCAAUAAAGUAAUUUAAAUUUGGAGAUUGGUGUCAUAUAUUGAGUGCCAUGCAAUGUUAGGCAUUUUAACUCUUAGUGCGGUUUAUUUAAAAUGUUAGUCUAUGUGGUGUUUGAGGUGAGGACGAAGUAAAAAAAAAGUCUUCAUUGUAAUUUCAAGUAAAAAAAAAUUAAAAGACAUUUGGCCCUUAUAAAGCACUCAUUGCCUGCCAUUUGCGGCGCUCUAUGGACGUCCAAUCCAUUUUUGACUGGGAGAGGCUGGCAGUGAAUGAUGGCUGUCAGCCCUCCCAGUCCAAAUGGAUUUGAUGUCUGGCACGAAAACAAGAGCAUUCAAAACCAGUCAUCCCAAUUUAAAUGAAUUUGAUGUCUAUCAUUGUCAUUGGCAGGCAAUGAGUUAACAGGAUUUUUUUUU